UUUAUUUAUUUUAAACAGCGAUGGUCCCCAUUUUAUGAAUCAAAGUAUCAAAUAACUAGCUUCAUUUUGUAUAGAAACAGGAUUAUACACUGAUAGAAUAGAACCUCGUAAUUUUUAUAGCAUGGCAUGUGCAUUUCACCAUAGUUUCGGCCUUGAGUUAUUCCCUUAGAAAACAUUUCACUUCCAUUCUCAAUUCCAAACAUGCAACAUGAUAUUCUUAUAAAGAAGCUCCUCCUUACACACGAUCCAGAUGGUCGCAGACUGGAUUCUGAGACAAUGCUUCUUGCUGUUGGCAACAUUAUGUUUCAUACUUCCACAAUAAUAGGGGCUUUUAAUCUAUAUUCUGCUUCCUUUCAGAAGAAUGACAUAACUGAAAUUGAAACGAUUGGUUGUAGUGAACCAGUAGGAUUCAUCAUCACAAAAAUAGGCAAGGUACUCUGCAGAUGCUCUGGUGAAGGUGAUAUCAACUCAAGGAUCAUAAAUUUGUUUGAUUUGAUAGGAAAGUAUAGUUGGGAUGCAAAAGUAGUAUUAGUGCUUGCUGCUUUUGCAGUAAGAUAUGGUGAAUUCUGGCAACUUAAGCAGCUAUAUCGUGGUAAUGCUUUGGCAGCUUUAAUUUCAAAUAUUAAGCAGCUGCCCAACAACUUAAAGCCACUGAAGCUACAAAUCAAGGCAUUGAGCUUGUUGGUUAAGACCAUGAUGGAUGUGGCUAAGUGUAUCAUUAAGUUUGAGUACCUUCCCCUUCAACAUGUAGAGCCUGGAAAUGAUAUAUUCCUUGUCAGAGACACAAAGUCUCGAAUAUACGAAGCUGCAUACUGGAUCACCAGAAGCUGUUUAGCAUGUUUUUCUCAAGUCAUGGAUUUCACAGCCAAAAAACAUGACCAAGUGUAUUCAGAUUCAGCAAUAAUUGCUGCUUGGGAGCUUUCAAGUUUGGCGUAUAGAUUAAGUGGCAUAUGCUGUAAUCUCAGAAGACAGGUGGAUCUGUGUCACAAAGAGCUAGAGAGAAACUUGUAUGACAGGCUGUUGGAUCUUGCUCGUGAGGAGAACAUUGAUAAUCAAAAGACUCUCACUUUAUUUUUUCCUUCCAAGAAUUACUUGCCAUUGAAGGAUUGCUCAACAGAAGUAAAGCUUCGUGGUUCUGAACUGAAAAAUAAGACAGUUCUGUUGUUGAUCUCAAAACCGCAGCUACUCAACCCGAUAGAUAUAUACUUACUGGUCCAGCAAACAUGUGAUCAUCCUCUGAAUGAGAGGUUGAGGGAGAGUUAUAAGAUUGUGUGGAUUCCCCUUCCAUCUUCUGAUACAUGGACUGAAGCUGAAGAAAGAAGUUUUAAUUUUAUGUCCGAUUCCUUGCCUUGGAAUGCUGUUCGGAAACCAAGGUUACUUAGCUCAGCAGUGGUGAAGUACAUAAGGGAACAAUGGAACUACAAGGAUGAGCCAAUCAUGGUAGCUCUAGAUUCAAAAGGGAAGGUCACAAAUUACAAUGCUCUUGAUAUGAUCAACAUUUGGGGUGCACAAGCAUACCCCUUUUCGGCUUCAAAAGAGGAAGAACUAUGGCAAGACCAGAAUUUGACAAUGCAACUUUUGCUGGAUGGCAUCAAUCCUCUCCUUGCUUACUGGGUUGAACAAGGCAAAAAUAUUUGCCUUUAUGGGAGUGAAAACUUGGUUUGGAUCCAACAAUUCAAUGAUAAGAUAACUGAGAUCAAACGAGCAGGUCUGCAGCUGGAAACAAUAUAUGUUGGUAAUAGUCAAUCAGGUGAAAAUGUUAAGCAAAUAAUGGCAAGAGGUGGUGAAAAAAGUCUCAGUGAUCCACUUUCCUUCACAAAUGUGCAACACUUUUGGGUUCGAUUGGAGACCAUGAGAAGGUCUAAACUCAGACUAGGAAAGACACCAAGUUCUGAUCAUGUACUAGCUGAGUUGUCAACUUUGCUUGACAUGGAUGAUAGAGAAGAAGGUUGGGCUGUGAUUGGAUGUGGGGGUUCAAGCUCAACUGAUAUUCUUAGGCUUCAAGGGAUGCAGGUGAUGGAAUUCUUAAGGAAAUGUUCAGAGUGGAGAGAAAAUAUAACCAAUUUGGGAUUGCAUGGUGCUCUAAGAAACUUCCUAGACCCCCAUUUUGUUGAAGGGAGUUGCAAUCACUCAUACUUUGUUUCCUCUAGAGAAAAUGAAAGACCAAGUCAAGGAACUGUAAUGUGUCAAGUGUGCAAGCGUCCCAUGAAGAAUUUUGUGGUGUACCAGCCAUGAAUAGGACAGACACAAUAGUUGAGUUGAACUGUUUUUGUUACCAUUACCACCAAGUUUGUCUCUUAUUUUGAGUGUCAAUCAUUUGAAUCGGUUUUUGAAAAUUCUAAUCAGAAACAAAACCAAUUCUUUGGAGUGUCAA